AUGUUGAUGACUUUUGAAGCCAGCGGCUUAUUUAUUUCAACCAGACGUCAAGAAAUUGAUAAAGAUAUGACCCAUGUCAAGGAUCUUUUUAAAGGUCUUAAAUUUGUGGAGACACCUGGCUGUAGUCCUUUUGCUCUGGAAUUUUUCGAGAAAUGUACAUCACCGUAUGAUGCAGCUUACUUGAGCAGUUUAACUGGACACUGCUCAAGGUCUGCUCAGAUGCAAAGAGAGAUUCAUUCGUGUUCAAAAAGUUGA